GACCUAAUUCGCCACCACUCUCUCGCCGAGCUCUUCGCCGGAGAUGGAUCCAGUGGAAGAAGUGGAGAUGAUAUUAAACUACAGUUUCGUGAACAAUACUCUUCUCAAAACCGCCUUACCCAAAACCUUCCCUAAAAAUUGUGCUGAAUCAUCUUUACUAUACCAGCGGCUUGAGUUUCUCGGGGACUCCGUUCUUGAGGUCGCCUUCACGAAUUACAUCUACAAGGCAUACCCUAAUCUCAACCUCGAUGCGUUUCGUAAUUUGCGAAGUGCAAAUGUAAGUAACGAGAAGUUCGCUCGCGCCGCCGUCAAACACAAACUCUACCGAUACGCCAUACCCGAGGAGAAUCAUAAUAUUCCAGGUAAAAAGUUUAUAGAAUUCUCAGAGGCAGCGAGCAAAGAAGGUGUUCCUCUUCCGUUUGGUGUGAAAGCACCUAAAGCAUUUGCUGAUAUUAUAGAGUCGAUAGCUGCAGCUGUUUAUAUUGAUGUGAAUUAUGAUGUACAAAGACUUUGGGAGAUCUUCAGGGGGAUUUUGGAGCCAAUAUAUACAGAGGAUGAUUUACAACUGCAACUUAAACCAUCAUCUCUUGCGAUUUUUCGUUUGGCUGAUAAACACGGCAUGCGAAUCGAUUUCAGGUUUUCGAAAGAUGACGACAGCAACAAAAAUAUUGUCGAGGUAUAUCUUGAUGAUAUAUUUAUAGCUUCUGGGUGUGCCGAGAAUAUACAUACUGCGAAGCUGCUCGCUGCUGCGGGAGUGUUACAGAAGCUGUCAGAUUGUCUGCCCAUUGGCAAAAUUAUUGAUGAAGACUAUCUAGACGUUCAGACUGAAAAUGUGAAACGUAAGUUGAUUGAGAUUUGCUCCCCUGAAAAGCUUUACAUUCAGACUGAAUCAUUUUCUUUGCCAACUGCCUUAGAGAACCCUUUAACCGAUGAAAUGACACAAGAAAAAAUGGUUAUUGAUGACGAUAGUAUAGAUAUGGAACUUGAAGAUGUGAAAGGGAAACCGUUUGAGAUUUGUUCCACUGAAAAGCUCCGAUUACGGACAGGAUCAUCUUCUUUUCCAACCACCUCUGAGAAUCCCUUAACCGAGGAAAUGAAACAAGAACAAAUGGUUAUUGAUGAGGAUAGUACACAUGUUGAAUCGGACGGCGCGAAAAGGAAAUUGUUAGAGAUUUGUGCCAAGAAAAAAUGGUCGAGGCCGAUUUUCAGUGUUCAAGAAGAAAGAGGGCCAAAAAAUGAGCAGAAAUUUGUUUGCUCAGUUAAGAUUGAGAUCCCAACUAUAGAAGGCUACUUUCACAUGAAGGGAGAUGUAAAAUCAAAGAAAAAGCAAGCAGAAAAUUCAUCAGCGUUUCACAUGAUAAGAGCCUUGAAAUCUUCUACAAUGAGUCUUAUCAUAAGUAAUCUGCAAAUGCCGAAAAGUUUAGAUGAAAAGAAGGAAAAUCUGCAAAUGCAGGAAAGCUCAAAUGAAAACAAGAAUCUGCAUUCAAAGAAGAGGAGAACUACUUAUGAAAUGACACCAAAUAAAAUGGUUAUUGGUGAGGAUAGUCUAGAUGUUGAACCUGAAAAUGUGAAAGGGACGUCGCUUGAGAUUUGCUCCACGAAAAAGUUCCAGACACACACUGGAUCAUCUUCUUUUCCAACAGCCUCUGAGAACCCCUUAAGCGAUGAAAUGACAGAAGAACAAGUAAGUAUUGAUGAGGAUAGUCCACAUAAUGAACCUGAGGAUGUGAAAGGGAAGUCGUUUGAGAUUUGCUCCCCUGAAAAGCUCCAGUUACAGACAACAAAACAAAUGGUUGUUGAUAAGGAUAGUCUACAUGUUGAACCGGAGGAUGUGAAAGGGAAUUUGGUUGAGAUUUGCGCAAACAAUAAGUGGUCGAACCCGGUUUUCAGUGUCGAAGAAGAAAGAGGGCCAAAAAAUGAGCAGAAAUUUGUCGGCUCAGUUAAGAUUGAGAUCCCAACUAUAGAAGGUUCCUAUCACAUGAAGGGAGAUGUAAAACCAAAGAAAAAGCAAGCAGAAAAUUCUGCAGCGAAUCACAUGAUAAGAGCCUUGAAAUCUUCUAUAAUGAGUCUUGUCAUAAGUAAUCUGCAAAUGCCAAAAAGUUUAGAUGAGAAGAAUAAUCUACAUUCAAAGAAGAGGAGAACUACUUACGAAAUGACACCAAAUAAAAUGGUUACUGGUGAGGAUAGUCUAGAUGUUGAACUUGAAGAUGUGAAAGGGAAGCUGAUUGAGAUUUGCUCCACGGAAAAGCUCCAAACACAGACUGGAUCAUCUUCUUUUCCAAUCGUUUCUAAGAACCCUUUAAGCGAUGAAAUAACAGAAGAACAAAUAAGUAUUGAUGAGGAUAGUCCACAUGUUGAGCCUGAGGAUGUAAAACGGAAGUCGUUUGAGAUUUGCUCCACUAAAAAACUCCGCUUACAAACUGAAUCAUCUUCUUUGUCUGCCGCACCUAAGAACCUUUUAACCAGUGAAAUGAAACAAGAACAUAUGGUUCGUGAUGUGGAUAGCUCACAUGUUGAACUUGACAAGGCAAAAGGGAAGUUGAUUGAGUUUUGUUCCAAGAAAAAGUGGCCGUUGCCAAUAUUCAGCGUUGAAGAAGAAAGAGAGCCAAAAAAUGAGCAGAAAAUAGUCUGUUCAGUUAAAAUUCAGAUCCCAACAAUAGAAGGUACGUUUCUCAUAAAGGGAGAUGCAAAAUCAAAGAUAAAGCAAGCUGUUAACUCAUCAGCUUACCACAUGAUAAGAGCCAUAAGUAAUCUGCAAAUGCCGGACAAAAUUAAUGAGAAGAAGGAAUCAUAUCUCUGUGGCUCGAAGAAGAAAUCUGAUUCAGUAGAAGGAGUGGAGAAGAUCUUGAAUUACAUUUUCACGAACAAGGGUCUUCUGAAUGGAGCGCUAUCACAAAAUUCUUAUCUAUUCGAACGGCUGAUGUUCGUCGGCGAGGCAGCUCUAAAACUCGCCUUCACCAAUCACAUAUACCUCAUGUACCCUAAGUUCGAUGCCAGUGAGAUGAAUAUGUUGCGAGAAGCAAAUACAAGAAACAAAAAUGUCGUCAAACACAGCAUUUACCAAUUCUUUUACCGCAAAUUCAAGUUAGAUAAAAAGAUUAAAGUGUUCUCAGAGGUGGGAGACAAAGAGAAUGACCCAGUUCCUCAAUCGGCGAAACUCCCAAAAGUAGUCUCUGACCUUGUAGAUUCUGUAGCUGGAGCUGUUUUUAUUGAUAUGAAUUUUGAUGUUAAAAGACUCUGGGAGAUCUUCAGGGGUCUUUUCGAGCCACUAGAUACAUUGGAUGAUUUGCGGUUGCAACCUCAACCACUCUGUACCCUUUUCUCUUUGGGUAAAAAGCACGACAAGCAUUUCGACUUCAGGUAUAAGGAAAAUGGCAACGGGGCUACUAAAGCUUACGUAUACCUUGAUGAUAAGUUUAUAGCUCGUGGGAAAAAGAAAAGUACUAGAGAUGCCGCGAAGAUGAGCGCUGCUAAGGAAGCAUUACAGAAGUUAUCAGAAAGUAUGCCCGUUGAAAUAAAUAUGGAGGAGGAUAGACUAGACACUGAAAUUGAAGAUGCAAAAGACAAAUUGAUUAAAAUUUGCAACAAGAGAAAGUGGCCAAACCCGGUUUACAGUGUUGUGAACUAUGAACAACCUGGGGGGUUUGUUUGUUCAGCUAUGAUUGAGACACCAACUGCAGAAGGUACCUUAUACGCCAAGGGAGAUAGAAGAAAACUGAAAAAGACAGCAGAAAACUCCUCAGCCACACACAUGUUAAGAGCCUUGGAAUUUUCUCUGAAGGACGACUUGUAAUGUUAGAUAUGUACUUUUGAGCCACCAUUAGCUUAGAUAACUUUAUACACAUAUCGUUUUUGAAUCAUUCGAAAACUGUAUAUUAUUAUCGUCUUAUAUAGUGUUGAUAUGUGAGUGAGAAGAAGAGGCUCGCCUAGUUUAGUAAGGCAAAUGCACAACUAGGAAAUUUGUGUGUUUUUCUUCUUUCUUCAUUACUUGUAAGUAAGUUAAAGUUACAUGGCUUUUAAAUUCUGGAAAAUAAACUGUAAGUGUUUAAA